AUGUUUGAGUGGAUUCGCCAUGAGUUCCUCAUGGCCACGACGGAUAGUGUUUAUGGUCCACAUAGCCCGCUGCGUGACCCAGCAAACGAAGAAGCCUGGCAUAACUACCACCCAACAAUCAUGUUUCUCAUGUUGGACCUGCUGCCUCACUGGGCCUUCCAUAUCGCAAUCAAAUCUCGCAACCAACUCGCCAAGGCUUUCCAAACUAUCACAUCAACCGCCGAUACACCGAAGGCUCAGACUACAUCCGGCGGUGGACCGAGCACUUUGUCAGCUGGGACAUCUCCGCUAGCGACAUCGGUUCGAAUCGCCAGUGAAGAUCACAUGCUAGAUGGGAAGUACCUCAUCAAAAAGGGCAGCAUGGUCAUGAUGCCUGCCAGAGUGCAACAUCACUUCAAAGAGGUCUGGGGCGAGAACGUCGAGGUUUUCAAUGCUCGGCGGUUCAUGCGGAACCCGGGGGAACCAAGGCUGCAUCCGGUUGCGUUCCGUGGGUUUGGUGGCGGGACGCCGUUAUGUCUGGGGAGACAUUUUGCCACCACGGAGAUUUUGUUGUUUACAGCGAUGGUGUUGCUGAGGUUUGAUGUGCUUUCAGGUGGUGGUGAGGGCAAGUGGAUUAUGCCGGCAACGAAAAGUCUUCGCAGGCGGAGGCAAUGGAGCAGCCGGACUGUGACAUCGAUAUUGAGCUGA